AUGGAGAAACACUCCAUGCGUCACCUCCUGUGGACUGCAUUGUUCCUGUUGUACUGCAGCUGCGGGUGUUUGGCUGCUGUUGUACAGCAGUUACCACAAAAAGGAGAAAGUGCUCUACAGGCGUACACCGUCUCUACUAAAGAUGAGAAUUGGUAUCCCAUUCAAAUUACUGUUUCUGCAGAGAAUGUGGAUCAAGUGAUUCGUCGUUGCAUGAAGAGGAAAGAGUUAUCAGAAGAUGAUCGAGCCAUCGAGAUGAAAGAGACUGAAGAGGAUAAUAAAGUGCUGUGCGAUGACGAGAAUGGGAUAACGUGGGCAAAGCGGAAUCUCCUGCUGAGGGAAAUCCUUCCCGCUGCAAUUAAACUACACAGAGAUCGUCUCAUGGUUCAACGGGGGGAUGGCAAAUUUGUGACAAAGAAGGUGCUGAUGGGAUCCUUUAAAGAUAAGUGCACUGAUGUUGUUGUUGGUGAGAGAUUCGAAAACAGGGGAUUCAAUGAUGCUGAUUUUGUGCUUUUUGUGGGUCUUGCUGCAUCGAGACAAGACGUGAAAAUAUGUGCUGAGGAUCCUAUCUAUUCCAAUCGACCGAUUUCUGCUUACAUCACGUUUCAGCCGAAAGAGAUUGAGAAUGCAAGAAAAGUUGUUCGCUACGCUGCUCACAAAAUUGCGCAUGGACUUGGAUUAACUUAUGGACGUAUGUUGUCGCGUCACAAGGCAACUAAUGGUGGCAUUUUUUAUGGCAAAUAUGAUGGAAACCGUGUGAAAGUCAAUGGUAGAGCGGGAGUUGAGGCGAAGAAGCAUUACAACUGCCCAGCAUUCGAUGUAAUGUAUCUAACUCAAAGAGGACCUUCCGUUUCCAACCACUGGGGAUGGCACAUUGCAAAGGACGAACUGAUGAGUCCGUACACUGCUGACUCCUCCGGGAUGUUCUACACUAAUCUAACACUUGGAGCUUUUGAUGAUAUGCCCUACUACCGAGCCAAUUUCAGCAUGGCAGAACCCAUGAGUUGGGGGAAACAAUUGGGCUGUAACUUUGUUGGAAAAGAUAAAGCUGAACAACGAGAUAAAAUAACUAGGGAAAAUCCCAACAUGUUUUGCACUGGUGAAAAACAAGGGUUGCAGUGUACAUCUGACCGUUUUGCUCUUGGAGUCUGUUCCAAGAAGGAUACUCCUCCUAAAGCUAUCUCAGAGGAAUACCACUACUUUGAAAAAGCUGCCGGGAUUGGAAGGGGUGAUCUGUUUAAUGACUUCUCCGUCAUCAAGCCGUUUCGAGAGACCAUGUGCGAGGAUGGUAAUGAGACACUGAUGCCUGGCAGCAUUGUGGACAAGAUGUCACGGUGUCUGAAUGUAAAGGAUCCGCAGAUCAAGGAUGUAAAUGGAAAUGGAGUGACAGUUCAAGGCAUUUGUGCAAAAGUGAAGUGUGAGAAUGGCAAGGUACUUGUGCAUUACAAGGGGAACAAGGAACACAAUGGGAAAGAAAAAUGGGAGGAGUGCACGGAGAAGGGCACUAUUAAUCUGCAUGGUUCAGUGUUCAGCGGUGGAACUAUUGUGUGCCCCAAAUACGAAGAAGUAUGCACGAAACUGCCGGAAACUGAUCCCCCCACUGUUGAGUAUGAGGAAUACGUGGAACCCCAAAAGAACAAAGAGAAGAAGGAAGAGGAGGAAGCCAAUGAACAGAGCAACUCGAGCGCAGGGUCGAAGCCAAACAAUGACGCAGGUACAGAUACUAGGGUUGAAACGUCCAGUAAUAACCAAGUGGAAAGUGUACCAGCAGUCCUUGGUGUUAACGGCAGUUCUCAGGAGUCCAGUACUGCAACACAAAGUGUCAUACAACAUACAGAGAAAAAUUCCACCAACACUGAAACUGCCGUGGAGAAAGGACGGCGUGCAUCGAGAAGUCGUCGUCAUAUUGAUGAUGCUACUACUUCUCAAUCCACAUCUAAUCCCAACGGCACUGAAGACGCAAUACAGUCCCAAAACGCUGUUUUGAAGGGGACAACACUCACUGAGAGGCAAAUAAAAGAAGAAACACUAAAACAUACAAAUGUAACGGUUAUGUUCGGUGCUGACAGCAGCAUCAUGGUUUCCUACAUGGCCCCUCUUGCACUUCUUGUGGGUGUUGUUGGUUUUGUGAUGGUUCCAUGA